AUGGAAAGACAAGGGUUCAAUUCGAUGCUGUUUACUAGAGGUAUGCUGUUUACUAGAGGUUUAGAAUACAGGUGUGGUUUAAGUAAAUCAAUAGAUAGUUUUGGUAUAGAUAGUUUUGGUCCUAUUGAUGAAAAUAACGGUGGAGACCCAUCUAGUUUAACUGAUAUGCAUAAUAACAUUCAUAGCUGGAAGAACAAUAGUGAAAAUUGUAGUUAUAGUCAUGGUCAUGCUGACUAUUCAGCAGAUGUGAACAACAUACAUAAUCAUAAUUUGCUAUUUGCAAAAAGUCUAUCCGUUUGGGAUAGUCAUAAUAAUAGUUAUGACAUAUAUUAUGCUUAUAAUGAUGAUAGUUGGACUUAUAACAUGAAUUGUUGCAUUUGGAAUUAUCUUCGUUCUCAAAUCUGGGAGGAUAUUGACAAAUCCAGUGCCAGUUACCGUGAUAUGGACUUUAAGAGUUACAUUUGCGAUAGGGGCCAAAAUACUAGUGAAAGCCAUAGUACAAAUAUAAUAAUAUUAAGGAACACAAAUGCUAGAAAUCAGACAGCAGAUCCAGAUGAUGCAGAUAUAUCUGAUGGAUCAGAUAUAUCAGAUCCAUUGGAGAUAGAUCUAUCUGAUCCAUCCGAUACAGAUUAUCGAUACGAUCCAUUUGCUGAUACAUCAGAUAUAUCAGAUCCAUUGGAGAUAGAUCUAUCUGAUCUAUCAGAUACAGAUUAUCCAUAUUAUAUGGAUGGAUCUGAUAUAUCAGAUCCAUUGGAGAUGGAUCUAUCUGAUCCAUCAGAUACAGAUUAUCCAUAUUAUAUAGAUGGAUCUGAUAUAUCAGAUCCAUUGGAGAUAGAUCUAUCUGAUCUAUCAGAUACAGAGGAGGAUCUAUAUGGUAUAUACGAUCUAGAUGAGAUCUAUUAUCUGGAUGGAUCAGAUAGAUCAGAUCCAUUGGAGACAUUGGAGACAUCAGAUCUAGAUGAGAUCUAUUAUCCGGAUGGAUCAGAUAGAUCAGAUCCAUUGGAGACAUUGGAGACAUCAGAUCCAGAUUAUAUAAAUGAUCCGGAUGGAUCAGAUAGAUCAGAUCCAUUGGAGAUAUCUGAUACAUCAGAUACAGAUAUAUGUCAGAAGGAUAGUGAUGAUAAUAGCAAAAUGGAUAUGCUGGCUAAAAUGAACCAAUAUAGUCAUUUAUGGGUUCUAUGCGAAACUUGCUCUAGCUUAAAUUUUAAACAAUUUUUAGUAGCCAAACUGAGUAUUUGCGAAUACUGUGGUGAGCAUCUGAAAAUGAGAAGUUCAGAUAGAAUCGAACUUUUGAUUGAUCCAGGUACUUGGAAUCCUAUGGAUGAAGACAUGGUUUCUCUGGAUCCCAUUAAAUUUGAUUCGAUUGAAAAAAUUCCAAUUCUUCAAUGGGAUCCCAUUGCAUUCGACUUGAUUUUCGUGGAUCCUCCCGAGGAAGAGGAAGAGGAAGAAGAUCAACCUUAUAUCGAUCGUCUUGAUUCUUAUCAAGAAAAGACAGGAUUACCAGAAGCGGUUCAAACAGGCAUAGGUCAACUAAAUGGUAUUCCUUUAGCAAUAGCUGUUAUGGAUUCUGAGUUUAUCGCGGGUAGUAUGGGAUCCGUAGUGGGUGAGAAAAUAACUCGGUUGAUCGAAUAUGCUACCAAUCAACUUUUACCUCUAAUUAUAGUCUGUGCUUCCGGAGGAGCGCGUAUGCAAGAAGGAAGUUUGAGCUUAAUGCAAAUGGCUAAAAUUUCUUCUGCGUUAUAUAAUUAUCAAAUAAAUAAAAAGUUAUUCUAUGUAGCGAUACUUACAUCUCCGACUACUGGUGGGGUAACCGCUAGUUUUGCGAUGUUGGGGGAUAUCGUUAUUGCGGAACCAAACGCAACCAUUGCAUUUGCGGGUAAAAGAGUGAUUGAACAAUUGUUGAAUGUGGAAGUGCCUGAAGGUUCCCAAUCGGCGGACCUUUUAUUCGACAAGGGAGUAUUGGAUUCAGUCGUACCACGUCAUUUUUUAAAGCAGUUUUUAACGGAGUUAUUUCAGUUCCAUGGUUUCGUUCCUUUGACUAAAAAUUUGGAAGAUUGA